UAUUUUGUUCUUUCUGAUAUUACCUUGCCUGACUGUGGUAUGUAACAUGACAUCUGUUAGGGGCCAUCAGCUGGGUGGUCCAGGUAUGCGGGUGAUGCACCUGGUGGACUAGGGCUGGAGGGCUGCAGAGAGGGGCUCUCACCAGCGUGUCAAAUUCCUCUGUUCUCCUCCCCGGGUGUUGCAGCCACGCCUGCUGCCUCAGCCUGCAUGGAGUGGGGAAGGGGCAUUUCCUUAUUCCCAGGCAAGGGUCUGAGUUAGGUCAGCCUGGCCACAGGCUUUUUGGAGUUAAGUGUGAAUUUUCACAUAAAAAGAAAGGUGAAAACAGCAUUUGGUUUUCCAACCCUAGUUGUGCUCCACCUGGUGGCCCAUUCUGGAAGCGGAGCCAGUUUGUUAACCAGGCCCCUGGGGAGAGUACUUGGUGCCAGUGGUGCCUUUCUUGGGAACUUUUGGAUGCAGAUCUUGCAGAGGGCUUUAUGCGUACUCCAUUAACUUCCUGUGUCCUUCAGUGUCAUUAUUGGGCCCCUAUUUUCCUUUGAAGUCCGUCCUCGAGGCGAUAGCAGUGGGAGUAAGCUGGGAUACAGGGCCCCUUUGAGCAGCAGUAGAUUCUGCUGCAGAGCUCACGGAUCAUUUUGCUUCUCUUGAAAUAUAUUAAUAAGAAGAAAGAGGAAAGCAUUUUAAAUCAAUAUAGAUCUUUUAACUUUUUGAAUCCUGAAGACUGAAGAGCUAAAUAUCAUAGCACUUAUGUGAUUUAGUCGAGGGCUGACAGACUUCAUCUGUCCCACAGGAAGUGAGGUUUCACAUGAGAGUUUUAUAAAAACAGAAACAUGUUACCAAGAGUGGUGGGUCCCUUGAUGCUUUUUUAUUAGAUAGUUCAUAACGCGAACUUUCCGACCCCAGUGUUCAGUAAAUAGGUCAGUGAGGAGAAGUGUAGAAAGGCCUGGGAAAGACGGACAGAUUUAGAGGUCUAACCUCAACACUGUACAGCCUAGAGGGUCAAAACACCUGAUUUGCAAGGCAACUGUGCAAGUUCCUGGACUCUUAUAGUUCAGGAGUGUUUCACCUGACCUUAAGCCCACCCCAUCCAUCUUUAAUCAAGAAACCAUGUGCUUUCCCGCAUGCCUGUGGCCACCCCUCACGUGUCUGCUGUCUUUGUGGAAGCCUGGCCUGGCGCAUGCUGUGGUGCACUGCAUGCUGGAACCUGUGGAGUUUGCACGCGUGGUCCGCUAUCGACGAGAGCACCUUUCUGCUAGGCAGUCACCCUACUUCCCGUUGUUGGAGGAUUUGAUGAGAGACGGCAGUGAUGGUGCUGCUCUCUUAGCUGUGAUUCACUAUUAUUGCCCAGAGCAGAUGAAACUGGAUGAUAUAUGCUUAAAGGAGGUAACGUCGAUGGCCGACAGCCUGUAUAAUAUUCGGCUUCUGAGAGAAUUCUCCAAUGAAUAUCUUAAUAAAUGUUUUUAUCUCACCUUGGAAGAUAUGCUGUAUGCGCCCUUGGUGUUAAAGCCGAAUGUUAUGGUUUUUAUUGCGGAGCUUUUUUGGUGGUUCGAGAAUGUCAAGCCAGAUUUUGUUCAGCCCAGGGAUGUUCAGGAGCUGAAAGACGCGAAAACAGUGUUACACCAGAAGAGCAGCCGGCCUCCUGUACCUAUCUCCAACGCGACCAAACGCAGCUUCCUAGGCAGCCCCGCUGCAGGGACCUCGGCUGACCUGCAGCCCCCCGUGCAGCUGCCGGCGGAAGGCUGUCACAGGCACUACCUGCACCCCGAAGAACCUGAAUACCUUGGGAAAGGAACUGCUGCCUUCAGCCCAUCCCAUCCUUUAUUGCCCCUGCGACAGAAACAGCAGAAAUCUAUACAGGGAGAGGACAUUCCUGAUCAGCGACAUCGAUCGAAUUCUUUGACCCGAGUUGAUGGUCAGCCUCGAGGAGCAGCAAUAGCCUGGCCAGAAAAAAAAACCAGGCCUGCGUCCCAGCCAACACCUUUUGCUCUACAUCACGCUGCGAGUUGUGAAGUGGAUCCCAGCUCUGGCGACAGCAUCAGCUUGGCCCGCUCCAUCAGCAAAGACAGUUUGGCAUCCAGUAUUGUUAAUCUGACCCCACAGAACCAGCCACACCCCACGGCCACGAAGACCUAUGGGAAGAGCCUCCUGAACAAUGUCAGUAUUGAGGAUGAGGAAGAGGAGCUUGUGGCUAUUGUUAGAGCAGACGUGGCUCCCCAGCAGGCUGACCCGGAGUUCCCCAGGGCCUCACCCCGGGCCUUAGGCCUUACAGCAAAUGCCCGGUCUCCCCAAGGACAGCUGGACACCUCGGAAAGUAAGCCUGACAGUUUUUUCUUGGAGCCUUUGAUGCCAGCGGUGCUUAAGCCAGCGAAAGAGAAGCAGGUGAUCACCAAGGAGGAUGAACGGGGGGAAGGGAGACCGAGGAGCAUCACGUCCAGGAAGCCCAGCGAGGGCCCCCAGCCUUUGGUACGAAGGAAGAUGACUGGCAGUCGUGACUUGAAUAGGACUUUUACCCCGAUUCCAUGCUCAGAAUUCCCCAUGGGCAUCGACCCCACUGAGACAGGACCGCAGUCAGUGGAAACCACAGGAGAGGUGUGCGGUGGCCCUCUGGCCCUUGGUGGAUUCGAUCCGUUCCCCCAGGGACUAUCCACGGAUGGCUUCUUCCUUCAUGUAGGCAGGGCCGAUGAAGACACCGAGGGAAGAUUAUAUGUUAGUUGUUCAAAAAGCCCCAACUCCCACGAUUCAGAGCCGUGGACUCUCCUCAGGCAGGAUUCUGACUCGGAUGUGGUGGACAUAGAGGAAGCCGAGCAUGAUUUCAUGGGUGAGGCCCAUCCUGUGGUUCUCAGCAGAUACAUCGGGGAGGAAGAGUCGGCCAAACUGCAGGAGGACAUGAAGGUGAAGGAACACGAAGACAAAGAUGACGCCAGCGGCCGCUCGAGCCCCUGCCUGAGCACAGCCUCUCAGAUGAGCAGUGUCUCCAUGGCGAGUGGGAGCGUGAAGAUGACCAGCUUUGCGGAGAGGAAGCUCCAGAGACUCAACAGCUGUGAGACCAAGUCCAGCACCAGCAGCUCCCAGAAGACCACGCCAGAUGCGUCUGAGAGCUGCCCAGCUCCUCUGACGACGUGGAGGCAGAAGAGGGAGCAGAGCCCGGGCCGGCAUGGCAGGGACCCUGCCAGCCUCCUGGCAUCUGAGCUGGUACAGCUGCACAUGCAGCUGGAGGAGAAGCGCAGGGCCAUUGAGGCCCAGAAGAAGAAGAUGGAGGCGCUGUCGGCAAGGCAGCGCCUGAAGCUCGGCAAGGCUGCGUUCCUGCAUGUGGUGAAGAAGGGCAAGGCCGAGGCUGCCCCGCCCCUCAGGCCGGAGCACUUUGCAAAGGAGUACUCUCAGCACAACGGGGAGGACUGUGGGGAUGCCGUUGCCAAAACCGAAGACUUUCUCGUGAAGGAGGAGCAGAUAGAGGAGCUCCUUCACGAGCCUCAGGAUGUGGACAAAGAGAGCCUGGCCUUUGCUCAGCAACAUAAAGCAAAAGACCCUGUGGCUCUGCACGAGCUGGAGAGAAAUAAGGUGAUCUCUGCCGCCCUCCUGGAGGACACCGUUGGGGAGGUUGUUGACGUGAAUGAAUGUGACCUUUCCAUCGAGAAGCUCAACGAAACCAUCAGUACGCUGCAGCAGGCCAUCCUGAAAAUCUCUCAGCAGCAGGAGCAGCUUCUCAUGAAGUCCCCCACAGUCCCAGUGCCGGGCUCUAAGAAUAACUCGCAGGACCACAAAGUGAAGGUGCCAGUCCACUUCGUGGAGCCACUCUCUCCCACAGGCGUGGCUGGCCACCGCAAAGCCCCCCGGCUCGGUCAAGGCCGGAAUUCUCGUUCCGGAAGGCCGGCGGAGCUGAAGGUCCCGAAAGACAGGCCACAGGGCUCCUCCCGAAGUAAAACCCCAACGCCCAGUGUAGAGACACUCCCGCACUUGAGGCCGUUCCCUGCCAGCAGCCACCCUCGGACGCCCACAGACCCUGGCCUGGACGGUGCCCUGGAGCCCAGCGGUGACCCACAUGGGAAGUGUCUCUUUGAUAGUUACAGGCUCCACGAUGAAAGCAAUCAGCGGACACUUACUCUGUCCUCUUCCAAAGAUGCCAACAUUCUUUCAGAGCAGAUGAGCCUCAAAGAAGUUCUGGAUGCGAGUGUGAAGGAGGCGGGGCCCAGCUCCUCAGAUGUCUCGGGAAAAGAGAGCGUCCCCGUGGAGGAGCCUCUGAGGAGCAGGGCCAGCCUCAUUGAAGUGGACCUCUCUGACCUGAAGGCCCCCGACGAGGAUGGGGAGCUGGCAAGCCUCGAUGGCUCGGCGGACCUCGUCAGCGAAGGCGACCAGAAGCCGGGGGUGGGCUUCUUCUUCAAGGAUGAACAGAAAGCGGAAGAUGAGCUCGCCAAGAAGCGGGCGGCCUUCCUCCUGAAGCAGCAGCGCAAGGCCGAGGAGGCCCGCGUGCGCAAGCAGCAGCUGGAAGCGGAGGUGGAGCUCAAGCGUGACGAAGCCCGGCGCAAAGCUGAGGAAGACCGGGUGCGGAAGGAGGAGGAGAAGGCGCGGCGCGAGCUCAUCAAGCAGGAGUACCUGCGGAGGAAGCAGCAGCAGAUCCUCGAGGAGCAGGGGCUCGGCAAGCCCAAGUCAAAGCCGAAGAAGCCGCGGCCGAAGUCGGUGCACCGGGAAGAGUCGUGCAGCGACUCCGGCACCAAGUGCUCCUCGACCCCUGAUAACUUGAGCCGGACUCAGUCAGGCUCCAGCCUGUCCUUGGCCUCAGCGGCGACGACAGAACCCGAGAGCGUUUAUUCCGGGGGCACACCAUCUCAGCGAGUGGAAUCGAUGGAAGCCCUGCCCAUACUGAGCCGUAACCCGAGCAGGAGCACAGACCGAGACUGGGAGACCGCGUCGGCGGCGUCUUCGCUGGCCUCAGUGGCCGAGUACACAGGUCCCAAGCUCUUUAAGGAGCCCAGUAGUAAAUCAAACAAGCCGAUUAUUCACAAUGCCAUAUCCCAUUGCUGCCUGGCUGGAAAAGUGAAUGAACCCCACAAGAAUUCCAUAUUGGAGGAGCUGGAGAAGUGUGAUGCCAAUCACUACAUCAUACUGUUUCGUGAUGCUGGCUGCCAGUUCAGGGCGCUUUACUGCUACUAUCCUGAUACUGAGGAAAUCUACAAACUCACUGGCACGGGGCCAAAGAACAUCACCAAGAAAAUGAUCGACAAGCUGUAUAAAUACAGCUCAGACCGAAAACAGUUUAACUUGAUCCCAGCCAAAACCAUGUCUGUCAGUGUGGACGCACUCACAAUCCACAACCACCUGUGGCAGCCCAAGCGGCCUGCAGUGCCAAAGAAGGCCCAGACUCGUAAAUGACCCCGGUGCAGCCGGCGUCCGAAGGGUGGCCCAGACUCGUAAAUGACGCCCUUGUGGCCAGCAUCCAGAGGGUGCCACGGGGUCCUUAUUUAUUGUUUUCAUCUAUUCGGGUACGAAGUGUGCAAAGUCACAGACCUUUUGCAAAGAGGUUUCUAGACAGAAGAAAACCCCUCUCUCAGCGCUCAUCUCACGCAGAGGAUGCCAGGCAGGGCGAGGAUGGGGGAGUAGAUGCCGCUUUUGCAGUGGCUCGCACUGCUGUGGCCACCGCUGACCACUGAGGCUCCCAGAGGAGGGUGUUCACAGCCAGGUCCCAGGCCACGGAGCUCCCUUACUUGAAGUUCUCCUUCAGCAUAGAUUAGAUGUGAUCCACUUUGCUUUCUUGCUUCUCGCCUCGCCCCCUUGCACAUUGCCUGACACCCUCAUGUUGGCCAGCUGUAAUCUCAUGUGACUAUAGGACUGAGGCUCAAUUUGGCUUGGGGUGUUUGAAUGUCUAUAGCAAAGGAAUUCAUAAUGGGAAACCUUUUUCAUUUGAGAAAUUGUAUGAUACUUAUUGAUUGUGUCUACUGCCAACAUUUAUAUCCAAUUCUAAGAUUUCUGAAAAAAAAUUCUUAUCCCUUGCUGCUCAGAAAAAGUUUACUGAAAAUACCAGUUCACUAAAAGCACUGAAAUCUGCAAAGUCUGUCUUCUGCUAAAAUAACGUUUACAAAUGUGAAGAUGAUUAUUUCUGGCACGCAGUCAUGAGGAUGGGGAAUGGCACUAGGAGCUGAUGUUUGCCUCAUUUAAAGUAGGCAAGCCGAGCUAACUGCAGCCAUCAUUAAUUAAGUUUUGGAUAGUGCUCUAAUGAUUUGUUCACUUUAAUAAAGACAGAUUUUGGUAAAGUAGAAUAUUUUUCAUUCUGAGCAUGUUUGUCCCAAAAGGUGAUGCACUUAAGCUGACAGUCCCUUCAGUGGUUUUGUUAGGUCACGGCUUGUCCUGUCUGGAUUCUGCAUCUGGAAGCGCUGCAUGCUCUUAGAGGAGCGUGCUGUUUUCCGUGUAGAUGGAUGCUUUUGUUUUGUUGCCUAUUUAAAAACAAUUAAGUGGUUAUUUGCAGUUAUUUCAGAACUCCAAGUAAGUGGAUGGCUUUGGGUUCUUUCUGCCUUGGUCCCAAUGGUGUUGAUGCUUCUGUGGAGCGGACAUUCCCGGGAGCAGGUGCGUGUCAGCCAUGGCUGCCAGACGCUGCUGCAACUGACCAGCUGCCGGAAUAUUCUGGAGCCACUAACAUUAGUUUUGCACAUAUUUUCUUGGGAGUGUUACUUGAAUCUAUCUCAAACUGCAGAAAAAAUUAAAGAUCAAUAAUUGGGAGAAAAAGAGACAAAUUUAACUGUUACAUAAUUUUAGAUAGACAAAAAACAUGAGUGAGUCGUGUACAUAAGGAAGGAGGGAACGUGGUACAGAAGGCUAGAAGGAAUUACAGGUCUUAUUCCCCUUUCCUCAGUCCUUUGAAGAAAAGUACAGUCUCUUGCGAUUUUGUAUAUAUCGUGUUCAACACAGCCGCUCUCUGUCCUGUAAAUAGGGAACUAAAGGCUGUAUGAUUUCUCAAGUGCUGAGUUACACAGUCCUGAGUGAGCUUUCGGUCAGCAUACUUUCACACGUGGGCUUUAUUUCUCACUGUAUGUUUGAUAUGAUAUUACCGUAUUUAUUUUAAGAAAGCACUAAGAUGUAAUAAAGUGAUGAACUAAUUUGCUUUACAUUGAAUCGUAUGUGUGAGGUUGCUGUGGCUCAUUUUGCUGACCAGGCGACACCAACUCCUUGCUUUAUAGGAGUUUCAUGUUGUUUUUUACCAUGGCCCUAUUGAAGUCAGUGGAAUUGGAUUCUUUUUAAUGAAGAGCUAGAAAAUAUCUGGCAUAGAGCUGGAAAAUUGCAUUCCCAUGGGACGUCUGAAUCAAUUCUGGAUUUUCUCCAUGGAAUGAGUCAGUGUGUGGAACAUCCUGAAACUUGUCCUUAAGCGUGUAGGAUUUUUCACUGUUUGUUGUGAGUAAGCACUAACAUGGCGCGGGCAUUCCUGAUGUCCCAAGUCCCCAGGCCAGUGUUCGCCUAAUGGUUGACAGAAGCAUCCCUGCGUUCUUCAUUCUUGGACACAGCAACCCUUUUAAUUUGUCUUGAAAAGUUUCAGACACAGGAUUAAUUUUUGUGGUGGUGCUUUUGGGCCUUUCUGGCUUGGGUGGUGGUAAAGUCAUGAUUUUGCAGUUGAUAACACUGACUUACAGCUCUGUUUAUCAAUGUCUCUUAUUUUCAAAGCCCCUGCAGUGGUAUUUGUGUCUCGUUGCAAAUUUCUUUCAGCGGAAAGCUUGCACAACUUUCGUUGCGUCUCAGAAUUCUAACCUUGUUAUUUAAGACAAGCUGCUCUACUCAUUUAGUAUAUAACUUUGUAAAGAAAGUGUAAACCAAAUGAUUCAAUGUAUGACGAAGUUUAUGUGUAAAUCCUUGGUAAUGCUAGAAUUCUGGGAGCCCAGAAGGUUGAAAGAGAAAUGAAACUUGGUGAGUCCCAUUAUUUUACACAUGUAUGUGCAGAUACGUUCUACCCACACGUGUGCGUGCACAUGGCUGUGUGCGUACACCAAAGACGGACUGCUUUCCAUGUGUCCUUUUGACUUUCUAUGCGUGUUACUGCGGUGCAGUCUCUUAGCAGACUUCAGGCCCAAACUGUAUUCUUCACUCAGGCAAAAUUGAAAAGUGGAAUAAUUCUAAAUUACUUCUAGGUUAUACUUUUACCUCCCUGAAAUUGUAGUUGUCACUUGGAGGGCAAAAUAUUUAUUGAAAUAAAGUUUUCUGUUAAAAAUUCA